GAGAAGGGACUGAUAGAGGAAGAAUGAUAUGGAGAUUGAAUUGGUGAAGUGUGAGUGCUGUGGGCUGAAGGAAGAGUGCACCCAAGACUACGUUAGUGAGGUGAAGGCCAAGUUUGAUGGGAAAUGGCUCUGUGGGUUCUGCUCAGAGGCUGUCAGGGAUGAAGUCAGCAGAGGGAAGAAGCCAUUUGGGUCAGUCGAAGAGGCUGUCAAGGCUCACAUGUCCUGCAGGAAGUACAAAUCAAACCCUGCUUUCCGGGUUGCCGACGGCAUGAGGCAGAUGUUCCGGAGGCGAUCCGGCUAUCUAUCCUCCUCUUCCUCCUCGUCCCCGACCUCGAAGAAGCAAGCACUCUAGGUCCUCCAGCUCGUCCCAAGUGGGCAACGCAUCUUCCCUUUCACUCUACUGAACCCCGUCACCGAGUUAUCUACGUCUCAUCCAGACCUUAUGCCAGUGGACUGGCAGGAUACCUGUAAAAAUAUCCACUUAGGCCUACACGGACUCGAGCCCAUCAGGCCUACACGGACUCGAGCCCAUCUGCAACCCAAAAGCUUAAGCUAAUAGGUUACUGGACCCAAGCCUCAUAUAAGCUUGUGGUUUCUUUCUCAA